UGUUAUUUUUAUUGUUUAAAAAGCUUGUGGAAGUUUCGAGAAGAAGUUGCAACAAAGAUGAAGUACCUGCUAGCAUUCGCCCUCGUCGCCGUGGCCGCGGCACUCCCCGAGCCCGUGCGGCUGCCGCAGCCCGCGCUGCCCGAAGUCGCCCCCCUCCUCAUCCCCCAACCGGUCGCGUCACCAGUCUUCGUAGACACCCCUGAAGCCGCCGCACCCGUAGAUGCUGUGAAGGUUGCCGAUGCUCCCAUUGAGGCCGUCCCUGCCGACUUCACUCUCAACUUCGUUGAUGUAGUCCCAGAGAUUGCUGAAGCUCCCGUGGAGAACUUCGCUGUCAAGUUCGUUGAUAACGCUGAUGUCAAUGUUGCCGCUGAAGACGCCAACCUCGCUGUCAAAAUUGUUGAUAACGCUGAUGUCAAUGUUGCCGCUGAAAACUCCAACCUCGCUGUCAAAAUCGUUGAUAACGCUGAUGUCAAUGUUGCCGCUGAAGACGCCAACCUCGCUGUCAAAUUCGUUGAUGUCGCUGAUGUUGACGAAGAGACCCCCUCUUACGUCCCAAUCGAUGUCCCCUUCCAGAUUAAGGUCGUGGAUAUGCCCCUCCCCGACUCAGUUGUGAUGCCUCUCCUACAGCCUGUGAAGAUUGAAGAUGCCCCCGUGGACGGCAAUAACUUCCCGGUUAAGUUUGUAGAUGUGGCUCCUGAGCUUCCCGUCAUGUCCCCUAAGCGUUACCCUGACCCAAUGUGGCGUCGUUACCCUGACCCAAUGUGGCGUCAUUACCCUGACCCAAUGUGGAGUUAA